GACGAAAACUCUUUUGACAAGGACGUCACUAAUAUUAAAUAAUAAGCUGGCCAGUACAUACUGUUGUGAUAUUUGAGUGUUGAAUAUUUAUUUGUAGAGUUUAUUUAGAAGUUUCAAUUUACAAAAAAUAUGCAAUUCAAUUUCAAACAAACGAGAAAAUGAUAACAUUCGGCGCUGCAAACACAUCUACGGCGCAAGAGGAGUCUGGCGACGUGAGAAGUAUUUGUGAGAGCAUCUGCAGCGAUGGAUCGAAUGCAACGGUGCAGCCGAGUGCUUCAAAUCAGAGGCCCCGGAUGGACAUAGCUUGUGUUUUGGACGUUACCCAAACAUUAAACCUUGCGCACAGAAAAAGAGCAUUAGAAGAAGUGCGACUGGCUGCAGAACUUGUUAAUGCGAAUUUACACCAUAUUCAUUUUGAAAAACUUGACUUUGGAGAGACAAGUGUGUUGGAUACAUUCUACAAUGCAGAUGUUGCUCUUGUGGAUCUUAGUUUGCAAGUACAGCAAAGCUCUUUACUAUACCACUUGGGUGUGCGCGAGAGUUUUGAUAUGAAGGAAAAUGUUCUGCUUUAUAAUGAUGUCGAUCCUGAUUCUACAUUACGACUUAAGAUAUCGCUUCCAAAUUUUCUAUUCGUGUCAUACAAAUUGACUGAUGUCGGUACAUGUGUGACAACAAACCCAGCGGCCGCUAAGUUCAAGGGUGACGAAGCACCCGAUCCAAAACAACAUCUCACUUUAAGACUCAAGAACAUACUCCAAGAUGUUGAAGUACAAACCAAAGCCCAUCUUCAAGAGAAAUUUCUAUCGGAUCUUCGUAAAGCAAGAGAGACUUAUACCGGGGCUGAGUUGGCGAAUGUUCUUCAUGCUAUGCGCCGUCGCUUGGACGAUCCGGCAGUACUCUCCGGUGAUACCAUACUGAAUCUUCUGAUAUCCUACAGAGAAAUACAGGAUUAUGACGCCAUAGUCCAUAUAGUAGAUGAUUUGAAGACAAUUAUGAAUAGAAAGAACUAUGUCAAUAUGCCAAUUAUAAGGUUUAUGUAUGCGUUUGCUAUGAAUCGAAGAAACAAAGAAGGCGAUAGGGAAAAUGCUUUAAAGGUUUGUGUGAAGGCUUUGGAGAAGAAGGAGAAUAGAUUUCCAGAUAUGUUAUGUCUGUGUGGCAGGAUAUAUAAGGAUAAGUUUGUAGAAUCUCAACACUCGGACUUGGAAAGUCUUACAAAUGCUAUUCAUUGGUACAGGCAAGGAUUCGAAGUCCAGCCCAACGAAUACGCGGGCAUCAACUUAGCCACACUAUUAGUCAUAGCUGGUAACGACUUUAAAAACUCAACGGAGCUACAGCACAUAGGUAUAGUCCUUAACCAUUUAAUUGGUAAAAAAGGCAGCUUGUCAUCAUUAAAGGAGUAUUGGGACGUGGCCACGUUCUUUGAGAUAUCAGUACUCGCCCAAGACUAUGUGAAGGCUAUACAGGCAGCGGAGUGUAUGUUUAAAUUGAAGCCACCUAACUGGUACCUGAAAUCUACGAUAGGAAAUAUUGAGUUAAUUGAUAGGUUUAGAAAAAAAAGCGAUGAUUCGUCGCCGGAGCAGCAGGUGUUCUCGUUCUGGAUGGAGUUUUUCGUGGAGGCAACUAAAUCUACGUGCGAGAAUAUUAUACGGUUUCCCGUCGUAAUAUUGGAAACGACGAAGGUUUAUAUGCCUUCGUAUGUGAACGUCAAUAUGGGAGCCGAACAGAAAUCUGUAGAGAUUUUUAAUCUGUGCCUUGAUUCGAUGCGUGGCGAUUGUAGACAGGUCCACCGAUGGCUCUUCACGUCUGAUAUGAUACGAACAUAUAGCUUGUACAAACGAGACGAACGCUGCCUCUUCCUGUAUGUCAGCGAGAACUCUGAUGAUUUCCAAAUAUUUCUUCCGUCUCACGCCUUCAGACAGCACCUCUACGAUCUGUUGAACGAAAUGACGGCUGAUCAAGAGAAAAUGACAGAUCUAGACACGAGCAUGAUGCAGGACCAGCUAAAGUUUGAAUACGAGUUAGAUGACAGCAACAAGCGUGUGGUGCUGGGCAAGGGCACGUACGGCGUAGUGUACGCAGCCAGGGACCUCAACACACAAGUCAGGAUCGCUGUCAAGGAAAUCCCCGAGAGGAAUCUGGGUGAUGUCCAGCCUCUACACGAGGAAAUAUUACUACACUCACAGCUCCGGCAUAGGAAUAUAGUGCAGUAUCUGGGUUCGAUAUCCGAGGACAACUACUUCAAGAUCUUCAUGGAACAAGUGCCAGGAGGUUCCCUUUCAGCGCUAUUAAGGUCCAAGUGGGGACCGCUCAAGGAAAACGAAGCCACUAUAGCAUAUUACACAAAACAAAUUCUAGAAGGUUUAAAGUACCUCCAUGACCAGAAGAUAGUCCACCGUGAUAUCAAAGGAGACAAUGUUCUAGUGAACACAUACAGCGGGGUCGUCAAGAUAUCUGACUUCGGGACUUCCAAACGAUUGGCUGGCUUGUGUCCAUCCACGGAGACCUUCGCAGGCACACUGCAGUACAUGGCACCGGAGGUCAUCGAUAAGGGACAGAGAGGUUAUGGCGCUCCGGCCGAUAUUUGGUCGCUAGGUUGCACGGUAGUUGAAAUGGCGACUGGCAAUCCACCCUUUAUGGAGUUGGGAUCACCUCAGGCAGCACUGUUUAAGGUGGGUUAUUACAAGAUGCAUCCUGAAAUACCAAGCGAGCUGUCGCUGAAGGCGAAGAACUUUAUACUACGCUGCUUCAUCACCGAUCCCGAGAAACGAGCGACCGCGGCGGAGCUGCUGGAGGACCCGUUCCUGUGCGAGAAGAAGAAAUCAACAAAUCGCGUCGGUAACAGUGUUGAUUACAGCCGCAGUAUAUCAGUGCCGGCCGACAAGAUACGGUCAUCCGUUGCACAGAAGAAGAUAUCCGAACCGAGCCUGCAAGCGACGCUCCCCAGCUCGCCGGAAAUCGAGGUUAAAACGAUCCGGUCUAACCCGACAAUCACUAGGACGGCGUCGUCAAUGCUGUCGCCGAUACUGAUUUACCCACCGGAUCUAUCAAACAGCAGCACAAUGCCGAACACACCGUCCACUGAUGAAAUGGACACCAACGACACCAUCCUCAAUAGAAGGAGCUCUUCCGGGGGGCUGUUGUCGCCCGAGGUGGACAUGACAAAUGUACCUCGAUCCUCGAUCGACAUAGAGCACGACGGUUUCUAUCUGUUGAAGAAGGACUCGCAGCGCCGUCUCACUCUAUCACGAGUGUUGGAGCAGGACAGCGAGAAGAUCUGCUCUAAAUGGAUGCUGAGCAUACAACAGGAUUUCGGCAACACCGUACUCACUAUGAAUCACCUGGAGACACUGCGAUGCGCCCUAAAGGAGUACAUCAUGGAUCAAAACAGAGGCGUGAUAGAACGCGCCAUAAUAACCCUCAAGGAGGAUUUAGAUUUCGACUCGAACGCUAUAAACGAGCUGCACUCGGCGAUAUACAUGUUCCAGGAGGCGGUCAACGUCGUGCUGAGGAUGCACAGCAUUAAGCCGCACUGGAUGUUCGCGUUGGACAACCUGGUGCGGAACGCCGUGCAGGCGGCCAUCACCGUCCUGUCGCCGGAGCUGGGUGCUAAUCUGGCUGGGCAGGAGGCCGAGCGUCGCAGUGGGCCAGCGGACGCCUCUCCAUCAGCUCUGUCCACUGAAACCUCCACCAGAGAUCCGCUAACACUACAUCAUCUCAGACAGGACAAUCACAAAUUACAACAAGAACUAAUUGAGAGUUAUCAGCAGUACCAAGCUCUGCUGCGGGCAAUGCUGGACGAACAGAAGUCGCAGACGUUGAUAUUAAAAGAAAUCAUAGAAAACAAAAAUACAUCAGCUGAUCAGUCGGAUGAUGAGGUAGAUCCGGUACAGUUGGCUGAGCUCAGGUCGUGGGUGUCGUCUUGUGGAGUCCCUGAUGAGGUGGUUCGAGCCCUGGCCGCUCAAAAGUACAACCUCGACGACCUCCUGCACCACGCUGAGAGAGAGGAUCUAGCGAGGCUUAGACUUAAAGGUGGUGUGGAACUGCGUCUAUGGCGUGCGAUCGUCGAGCAUCGCUCUCAGGACAAUCACCUGCGAAGAACGAGCAGCACGGAAACGGAUAUAGACAACACUAUAGUAGUUGUCGAGUGUCAGAAGUGCAAAACGUCCCGGUCCGCGACCACGUGCUCAAACAAUCCGACGAUAGUUAUAAGGGAUCAGAAGAACGGAGACGAUGUAGCCGAAUAUUACGCCGAGAACGGGGUUGUCAACCUCUGACUAUCGCGUGGGUGGUGCACCCUGCAGUGAAACUUAAGCUGGGACAUUAACGAGUGACACAUUAAUAAUUGAAUCGAAAAAAAAAUUAAUAAAUCAGUGGUCAUUUCGAUAUGGAAUGACUAUAAUUAUAUGUAUAGCCCACGUCAGGGCUUGUCAAUAUCCGUGGUACGACCAUAAUAUGUAUGUACUUAUUAUAUUUACAUUAAAUCUCGAACUAUUUAAAAUUAUAUUGUUGUUAUUGUUAAAAAAAAAAUUGUUAAUCGGCUUGCCGCUUAAAGCUUGAGUGUAUCACCCGUGACAUGUACAUAGAACAUUUACACAAUAUUAUAACUAACUAGUCUUGUAAAUAAUUAUGGGGGCAUAAUAAAUAUUUUACAAACGCACGAGUGCGUUGGACACAUUGUUCGGUGUUUGAGAAUAUUUGUCGUUCAGUCAAAGCUCCGAUACGUAAUGGUGCUAACUGUAAUUAAGUGCCUUUUGAAUAAUACGCUUCUCACAAAGAAUAUUACAUGUUGUUGCUAUAUAAUUUCAUCAUUUAAGUCGUUGAUAACAAAAUACAUAACUGUCAAUGUGCAAAAUUAAUUAUGUUUAAAUCAUAUAAAUUUAAUUUAAAUUAAAUUAAAUCACCCUCGGUAAUAGAAACAGUAAUAUUUAAUUAUCCGUGCCAUACACGUAACAUAGGUUUAUUUACGUAUGUCUUAAUAAUAGCUGUAAGGUUAUAUUGUGAGUGUGUUGCUAUAUUUUUAUUGAUAUUAUAAUAUAUUUACAGUAAUGAUUUAUAAAGUGUUAUUUGUAUAUGUAAACAUUGCUUCUGAAUUAUUUAAACAUAUAUAUGUAUUUAUAAGAAGUCACUAAAAUGCCUUAUUUAACAUUAAAGUGUUUUGGACAAAAAUUUUGUCAAAAAAUAUAUGACGAUCAAAUAAAAAUAUUUAUAUCAUAUAUUAAACUAACGCAAAGUAAGAUUGUAUUUUUCGAUAUAAGCGCAUAUGAAUAAAAAUUAGAUUUUCGUCGAUUUUAUAAAUUAAUUAGGUUUAGGGCAGCCUUUGUUUUCAUGUAAAUUUUUUUCUUUCGUUUUAAUACAUUUUUUGUGUAUUGACUCAAAAUUUUUGUAGUAAAAAAACUACAUGCAAGAAAUACAAAGGGAAAUUUGAUUUAUAAUUGGAAUGGAAAUUAUCAGUAUUGGAGUUUUAAUUUGAACUAUUUAAAAAGGUUAGACAAACAAGAAUUAUAUAAAAUAAAAAAAAUACUUAUCACAACACAAUAUGAUUAUAAUUUUUUUGACAAAUUUAGACCAUUUCACAUUCCAUAAUAUGAAAUUUCCAUUCCAGUAAUUUGCCAAUCAGUCAUAAUAUUUGUAUGAAUUUUGUAUAAAUUAAAAGCGCAGCUUAAUAUAAUAUAUAUAUUAAAUGUUAUAAGGCAAAUACUUAUAACUAAUUUUCACAUCAAGUAAGACAAUCACAUAUAUGAAGUAACUGUAUAAUAUAAGGAAGCAGAUAAUAUGGUAUAAAAAAAUAAUAUUUAUACUGUAGUUUUAAUGUUGUUGAAUAACAAUGUAUUGUUUUUGAUACGCGUAGCCCAGCACUACCCCUAACAAUACUCAUUAAUUCUGUUGUGAAGUACAAAUACAUUAUGUUAUUGAUA